GGAAGUGACGCCGCGGCUACUUCUCGCGAGGCUUCGAACCGGAACUUUCCCUGAGAGCGCCGGGUUGCGGGGACUUGCUCAGGUCGAACGUCAUCAAACUGCGUCCUACCCGGAAGAGACGUGGCAACAGCAGACUCAGCCUCAAUAGGAGCCUUGAAGCACCAUGGGGCUGUGUAAAUGCCCCAAAAGGAAAGUUACCAACCUUUUCUGUUUUGAGCACCGGGUGAAUGUCUGUGAGAGCUGCCUCGUCGCAAACCAUUCCAAGUGCAUUGUUCAGUCCUAUCUCCAGUGGCUUCAGGACAGUGAUUACAACCCCAACUGUCGUCUUUGCAACACUCUCCUGUCCACCAAAGAUACUGCCCGUCUUGUGUGUUAUGAUCUGUUUCACUGGUCAUGUCUCAAUGAGAUGGCAAACCAGCUCCCAAAGAACACGGCCCCAGCUGGCUACCAGUGUCCCAGCUGCAAGGGUCCGAUCUUCCCCCCAGCCAACCUGGUCAGUCCGGUGGCCUCAGUGCUGCGAGAGAAACUGUCGACUGUGAACUGGGCUCGGGCCGGGCUUGGGCUGCCACUGAUUGAUGAGUCUGAUAUCAUACAAGAGACAGAGUCGCCUGAUACCACAGAUUACACUGACUGGUCUAGCUUCUCUGCAACUGCAGGCCCCAACUCAGAGGAGACCAUCCAGCAGAGUGCCCUGUCGACCUAUUCCUACAGCGCUCCGCCCGGCCUCUCUUCCCCACAGCAGCAGCAGGGCGUGAACAAUGGGGGCGUGAAGGAGGAGCAUUCAGUCAUCGACAUGGGGAAUGCUAGCAAUGAAACCAUCACCAUCAAUGCAGCAGCCUCUACACCACGGAAGGUCUACGACACCCGGGAGGGUGGGGGCGGCAGCAGGGCAUCCGGCACCCAAAUCGACUGUGAUGAGGACAAGUACCGCCGGCGGCCAACGCUCAGUUGGUUCGCGCAGCUUCUGAAGAAUCGCUCUGGGUCCAAGAAGCGGCAGCCAAGAUCCCUGAUGCAGCGGUUUGUCAUCAUCCUCCUGAUUGGCGGCAUCGGCUUCCUAACCCUGAUCAUCAUCAUGUCAAAGCUGGGCCGGGCCUCGGCUGACAAUGACCCCAACCUGGACCCCAUGUUCAACCCCCACAUCCGGGUGGGCCAGGAAUGAACUAAGCUGGUGGCUCCUCCCUGGGCACCAAGAAUGGCCUGCCAAGGCAGGGAUGCUGGGGACUGGCAGCUGCAAGUGGGGCUCUGGGGGGAGUACAAGGGGAAGCCCCCAGCCAGGACACUGCUGGGUCAGCUCAGCUAAGAGUCAAAACAUGAAACUGAUGGGGGCAGGGGGGUGUGAAGUGACUUUGGCCUCUUUUAAAAAUGAGACUCAAAUAAAUCUCUAGGUGGGGUGGGCAGAGCAGGAUUUGGAGGAAAGGGGAGACUUGUACAGCUAUGGAUUGGGGCCCCCGAGAUGGGCUGGAAUGAACCCUCUGGUCGCUAAGUGCUCCAGCUGAGAAUCAGCCACUGUAGCUGUUCAGCUUUGGAAUGGGCCAGGCAAGAGGAAAGUGUCUGGUGAUUGGGGAGGGCUUGUGCUGCUAGUGCGAGUACGUCCAAGGACUCGGGCAAGUGAGAGGCAGCACAGGAAUGGAAGCCUGGACUCCUGGGUUCCGUUGCCAGCCCACAAGGAUUUAUUGGUCAGAGCAGGGAGAUGGGGAGCCAGAAUUCCUGAGUUCUGUUCCCACUGCGACCCUGUUGUUCAAUCUCAGGUGAGUCACUUCCCUGCCCCAUGCCUCGGUUUCUCCAUUCUGUAACUAGCAGUGCUGCUGGUGGUGUGUGUGCAGGGAAAUUGGGCAUUUCCAUUCCUGCCUGCAGAAGAGCUGGGUGGUAGCAGCACUGAAGGGCAAAUGUCCCGCACUGUCUUGGAAGCAUGAACUUCUUGGCAUUACAAGCCCUGCCCCCCGUGAAACUGGCAUCUGGCUCCUUAAACCCUGGGCUUGAAUGCCCUUCCCCUAGGAGCCUCUUAACUGUCCAUCACUUGGAGCCUGCCAACCCAGUCUGUCUCAGUGGGUGAGAAUGCAGGUGUUUGAAAGGGUUCAGGGCUCUUUUGUUCCCCUUUCCCAUUCUCCAAUCCUAGGCAGCCUCUGCUUCCUCAGAGGUGCCUUGUCAAACCCAUCCCAUAUUUGAUGGACCCAUUCCUGUAGCCUCAAAGCGCUGCAGAGCUCUCUGAUUCUAAGCCCAUCUGCUACGUUAACCGCCUUGUGCUUUAUUCACCCUUGUCCCCAAAACCUCUUUGCCCCAAGGAGAGAGGUGUAAUUAUUUUCCUGGUCUCAUCUAGAUGGGAGACAGCGGAUCUGUUUGACACAGCCAGCUGCUGGGACUUUGGGGGGAGGACUGUUCCAACAGAAACCUCCUUUCCUGCCAGGGGAUGGGGCAGGAUUGCAGCCCCACCCACAGACCCCACAUAAAACUGCCCUUCUGCUUUGCUGGGAACGGGAGUGGUACAGAAUCUUCUAUCAUCCCCCUGCUCCCACACAUCCUUUGGGGAUUCAAAUGGAGUGGGCACUGGAUCCCAACCCUCUCCCUGACACACACACACACACACAUGUUUUAGUUUUGCAAUUGCGGCUCAAACCAAAUGACAGUAACCAGCCCCUUGUCGCAUCCUCAUUUGCCCUCCCCUCCUACUGAGCUAUAUGGGGAGGUAUAACUUACUUUCAUCUAUUCUAAUUUUUCACAUCAGUAACUACCUGGGCCUUAACUUUGCCAGAAUUCGAUGGGCAAAUACUGAGAUCCACCCCUCUAUGUCCAGCGUUAUUUGCAGGGAUGAGAUGUCGUUAACCCCCGCCCCUAACAUCAUCUCCGUUGAGGGGACCCUUCGCUUCCCAUCUCAGAAUACCAGGGGAAAGGGAAGGAGUUGGCUGGGCCUCUUGGGUGUGAUUAUUUUACUAAUGAGAAUGGGGUGGGGUUGGUGUCCCCCUGCGUCCCAUGGGGGCGGGGGGGUGUGAUUCCAAAGUUGGUCCCUCCCAUCUCUGUACAGAGCUGUCACCAUCGGUGCUUUGGGCUGUCCCCUACUGGAAAGGGGCGCGUGUGUGUGUGAAAUAUUGACCUGUUCUGGAGUUUAGGGAGGGGAUGGGACAUGGUGGUCAGCACUGGAGUUUAAAGAUUGGGGGGUGGGAGAGGAAGAGAUUUCCUGGCUUGUGGAUUUUCAGAGCUCUGGUGGGGAUGGGGUUUCAUGCUUUGAAUACAGUUGCUUUCCUUCUGUUUAUUGAAAUGGUUGAUAGGAGACAGUUCUUCCUGCAGGGUGUGAAAUGCAUGGGGUGGCCGCAGUGACCAAAGAGAGCACACACCACGCCGCCCCCCCCACCCCGCCCAAAAACGGACCAUUGCCUCUAACCAUGCUGCUUUCCUGCGUUCAGUUCUUUGACUGGGCCUUAAUCCAGAUCUGCUGUUUUGCAACCUCCCAAGCUCCCACCCUUUUCUGCUAAUGGCUCUGCUAGCCCUGGGGUAGGGGAGGUGGCUUGGGACCUAGGCUGGAAGGCAGUAGAGGAGAAAUAUCACCUUCCUCACAAGCCACUGCCAGUGGAAAGGAGAUCUGUGAACAUAAGUCCUGUGGCUUCCACCAGUGGGUGGGGGCUGUUUGUGGUGGGGGAUGAAGAGGCUGGAAUCUGAACCUCUUCCCCUCCCUUGUGUUGGUUCCAGCAUGAGCCAGAGGGUUGGAUCGGGCCCAUGCCCGUUAGCAUGACCCUGUAGUCAGGGUGUUGGGAUAGGGGUUGUGAUGGGCCACUGCUAUGGAACAGAGGAGCCCUCUAGCCAUCAAAUGCUCCCACUGAGGGCUGGCCACCUGAGUUGUUGAAUGUCCAUUGGGUGUGUUGGGGGAAAGAUCCUGGCUGUAAUGACUGCCUUGCUCUCACUUCCCAGGAAGGUGACAUGACUAAUGAAUGACACCGUCUCUAACACUACAGCAAUAUCCUGUAUUGUUAUUAAACCUGAUUUUGGCUACAGCCUGAGCAGUGUGUUACUGCCCCCUUCCCUCCCCGCUUCCCAAGUCCGACAGAUCUGGGGAUGAAUGCUGCGUGUGCAUCUCUCUCCAGGGCUGCUUUGGACAAGGCCGGGCGGGCGCUCAGUACAACUCCUCCCUGUAUUCAAUAGUCAGGUAGUCCAGGCAGAAGCGGCCCACGAAGAGGGCGAAGUUCAUCGCUAGAAGGGAUAGAGCCAGAACCCUGGUCAAGGGGAUGGGAAAGGAGUUCACAGCUUCCCUUUGCAACUGGACCGGAGGGGCAGCUACACAGCUGGAGUUCUCCCCAGAAUAACUGAGUGACCACACAUUCACCCUCACACACACGGGUCCCCCGGGUGUGCCCCUGUGUGGCUCUGAGUCAUGCUCAGAAACCUGAGCUGGAGAGCCUAAAUCCCAGCUGCCAUACCCGAUGCAAGCUGGCUUUGG